AUGAAGAAAAAAAUAGAAAACUGUAAAAAAUUAUCCGAAAAAUGCAAUAGGAGAACACGUCAAUCGGUAUAUAUUAAGAGAGCUAUAUUAUUUAUACAUAAUAUAGAUAUCUGUUUGAAAACUUCCAUAAAAUGGAAAAAACAUAAUAAUUAUUCUAUAUACGCAAUGUUAUAUAAGUUAUUUAAUAUAUCCCUCAAUAUUUCCUAUAAUGUCAGGUUGCAAAAAUGUGUAAAAUUAAUAGGUAUAUAUCAGUUAUUUAUAAUACGAUUUAUUGUUGCAAUGGAAAAACAACAACAGAGUGAUGAACUUUUCCCCCAAACAUACCUAAAAUUAAAUGAAAGUAGUGCUAAUCAAGAAGUAUUAAAACUUUUGGAUCUAAUUAAUGUCAAAUUAAUUCCAUUUUGCAGACAUAUUAUACCAUGUGAGUAUUGUAAAAAAUAUUAUAUAGCAACGGUAAUUUCAAUUGUUACCUUUAUUUUCGUGAUCUUAUUUUUUCAAUACAUAUGUAUUAAGUUAAAUUGCAAUUCGUUUAAAGGGAAAAAUAUGAUAUAA